GGCCUCCCCCCACCCCACAGUCUCGCCUCGGAACCCAGGCGUCCGGGGCCGGAUUGGAGCGCGGCGUUUCCACCCGGUCGCGUUUUGCAGCGACACCGGCUCCUGCUGCGGGUGGAGGGACGGACGGACGGACAGAGACAGACGGGACCCCCCCGGCCCCCCCCCCCACGCCGGGGACCCGGGGCUGUCACAGGGCGCCAGAGCCCGCAGGGGGCGGCACAUGGCCCCGGGGCGCAGGGGGGCGCCGGGCGCGUAGAGCCUCGACCGGUGCCGCCCCCCCCCGCCUGGACCGGACCGGUACCACCAAAUCCAGCCGGGUUUGGACCGGUACCGCCCCCAGCCUGGACCGGACCGGUGCCGCCCCCCCAGCUGGAACCAGGACAGAGCUGCUGGAUCCCUCCCCGGGCCCGGCUCGGAGCCGGCCCCAGCGCUGCCAUGAGCUGAGGGCACCGUGCCCGGCGCUGGCCCGGCCGGCCGUGUGGGCACCAGAGCUGCCAUGAGCCCGGAGACGGGACGCUGGGCACAGGUGCCUGGGAAGACGCUCUGAGCAGGUCCCGCCAGCGGGGGGCGCCGCCCGCCCCAUGGAUCUCCACCCCUUCAGCCCGCGGCCCCCCAGGGACGGAGGCGCCGACGCCCGGCACCAGCCCCCGGCCCGGGAGGAGCCGUCCAGGCGCCGGCUCAAACUGGAGGAGGACGGGGAGGCCAGCCGGCCGCGCGCCCCCCGGGCCCCACCCUGGCCCCCCGGCCCCGGGGAGGCCGGGCCGGAGCAGGGCGAGGCCGCGCGCUACGGUCGCUACCUGCUGAUCGACAGCCAGGGGCUGCCCUACACGGUGCUGGUGGAGGAGGCGGGCGCGGCGGGCGAGCGGGCGGGGCUGCGGAAGGUGUACUGCUGCCCGGUCUGCUCGCGCACCUUCGAGUACCUCUCCUACCUGCAGCGGCACAGCAUCACCCACUCGGAGCACAAGCCCCACGUCUGCCGGGCCUGCGGCAAGGCCUUCAAGCGCACGUCCCACCUGGAGCGGCACAAGUACACCCACGCCGGGCGCAAGCCCCACCAGUGCCCCAUCUGCCAGCGCAGCUUCCGCGACGCCGGCGAGCUGGCCCACCACCAGCGCGUGCACACGGGCGAGCGCCCCUUCCAGUGCGAGGCCUGCCACAUGCGCUUCGGCGAGCGCAACACGCUCCAGCGGCACAUCCGGCGCAAGCACCGCCAGCAGCCGCCCACGCCCUGACGGGCACGGGGAACCCCGGAGCCGGACCGGGGCCACCCCGACGGGCACGGGGAGGCUCGGAGCCGGACCGGCGCCACCCUGGUGGGCACGGGGAGCCCCGGAGCCGGACCGGCGCCGCCCCGACGGGCACGGGGAGCCCCGGAGCCAAACUGACACUGCCCCGAUGGGCACGGGGAACCCCGGAGCCGGACCGGUGCCACCCCAACGGGCAUGGAGAGCCCCGGAGCCAGACUGACACCACCCCAAAGGGCAUGGGGAGCUGCCCUGACAGGCACAGGGAGCCCCGGAGCCGGACCGACACUGCCCACACCCCAACGGGCACGGGGAGCCCAGGAGCCGGACCGGCACCGCCCACACCCCAACGGGCACGGAGAGCCCCGGAGCCAGCCUGGCAACUCCCCAUGGCUUAGCCACGUAGCAACCUUCGUCCCCACAUGGGCCCCUGACUCUGGGGGCAUGGUGGUCUCUACUGUACCCCCCCCACCCUGCCUAGGGGAGGGGGACGUGCCCUGUACCCCUGUGGGCAGCCCCCCUGUGCCCUAGCCCAAGGCAUUGGCCUCCCCACAGAUGCCCCCCACGGCGCCCCAAGACAGAGACUGCCCCUCGCAGAUAGGGCAGGGCAGCCUGGAUCGGUUCAGUCCGAGCCCAUGUGGGUUCUGGAGCACUCGGGACUGGCUGGCUCGGGGGGGGUGGGGGGAAUGAGGCCCGGGGCCUGUCCCUUCUAUGGACAGAUAUCUCAGUCCUACCGCCAGUGGUUGGGGGGGGAGGGGGGUUGUCCUGGCCACCCCCAUAGAGGGUCGUGGUGACUCUACAUUCCCUAGAAAUAGGCUCAUAUUGCUCCUGUUGGCCCAUCUACCCCGGUAUCCGGCCCUCUCCUGCUCCGUGGAGCAGCCCCACUGGCCUAGCUAACCUGGUAUCCCACCCGCUCCCUGCCCCCGGAUCAGUCCCAGAGGCCCAUCUGCCCCGGUAUCCUGCCUCAAACAGUGACCAACGGCUGGGGGCCAUCACGGCAGGCCCACCAUGCACCGGGACCAAGCUUCACGUCAUGUUUUUCGGUCUGGCGCCCCCAAACGGCUGCAGGUGGAGGCAGGGGAGCAGGAUGCCCCCGCCCCCAGGACUCCCAAUCGCCCCAGAGAAGGAAAUCCAAUAACAGAACUGGCCCCACGGGCCGUCAAGCCCAGAUCGCUCCAAGGUGCCUGGCCUGGCCAGCUGCUCCCUCUCCACAGCUCCGAUUUACGGGGGAAUCUCCGUUAUCUCGGUUUUUUAAUUAUUAUUAAUUAAAACACUUUUUUUUUGGGUUG